AAAAAUUAUGAAUCAAGGAUCAACAAUAUUUUUAUCUUAUCCAGAUGACAGAUUGGAAAACAAAAACAUUCGAUCAAUUGGUGUUCUUGCUUAAUGUCGUUAUCCGGUAUACCACUGAAAUUGUUGAUUCACACCUGUGGUGGUGGUCUAUACACGGUUUACAAUAUACUCCAUAGACUAUUCCGAUUCCAAACAUUCCAUGAUACAUAAUUAGCUAUUUUAUUCCUUAACUAUGGAUAAUAGUAGUAGUGUUACUGCUGGAAACUCGGUAGUUUUUUUGGAUAUCGAAAUUGCCCAAGAAAAAAUUGGACGUAUUGUCAUUGAAUUGUUUAAUAAUAUAGUACCUAAGACUGCUAACAAUUUUAGAGCUCUUUGUACUGGUGAAAGAGGUAUUGGUUUAUCAGGAAAGCCAUUACAUUUAAAAGGGUCACUAUUCCAUCGAGCUGUUCCUGAAUUUAUGGUCCAGGGUGGUGACAUUACUGCUGGUAAUGGAUCAGGCGGUGAAAGUAUAUAUGGUUUAUAUUUUGAGGACGAAAACUUUAAAUUGCUGCAUGAAGAACCUGGAGUCUUGAGUAUGGCAAACACAGGCCAUCCAAAUACUAAUAACUCCCAGUUUUUCAUCACGACUGCUCCGUGCUCACAUUUGGAUGGUAAGAAUGUUGUUUUUGGAAAAGUGAAAAAAGGAUUUUGUGUAGUUCAAACAAUUUCUACCACAGCUACUAAUAAUGAUAUCCCUAUUAAUUCUUGUAUAAUCACAGAUUGUGGUGAGCUAUCAACUGAUAGUAGUACUUGGAAUAUUAAUGAAAAUGAUGCAACCAAUGAUGUUUUUCCCCCUUUUCCUGAAGAUUGGACUGUUCAGCCAGUUGAUCUUGAUAUAAUACAAAUUUGUGAUGUUCUAAAUAAAAUCAAAGAAUCGGGAAACUAUUUUUUUAGUUGCAAAAGUUAUUCAAGUGCUAGACGAAAAUAUGACAAAGUGUUACGAUAUUUUGAAUGGUAUAAAAGUUAUCAUAAAAAUUCUACAAUGGAUUUAAAUAUGCUGAAAAUUAUACAAACAAAUACAUUAUUAAAUUUAUCCACUGUUCAUUUGAAAGAAAAAAAUUACAAAAUUGCAAUUGAAUUAUUAGAACAAGUUCUGAACAUAGAUUGUAAUAAUGGAAAGGCUCUUUUUCGCAUUGGUAAAGCAUUUAGUUCACUCAAUAAUUAUGAGAAAGCAAUAAAAUACUACAAACAAGCUUUAGAAAUUUUUCCAGAUGAAAAAAAUAUUUUAAUUGAGUUAAAAAAAGUAAAACAAGCUCAAACGCAAUAUUUAGCUACAGAAAAAAAGCUUUACUCAAAAAUGUUUUCAUUUUAAGAAAAUAGGUUUCAGAAAAUAAUAUAAUAUAAUUAUACUA